GUUAAAGCUCCAUUUCCAACCUCGGGGCGGCCAGUGUUCAUAUUGUUUCUUUCGCUGUAUGUAUGUGUGCGCGCUACUGAGUGGUUUUCACCCUCAGCCUACUACGUGUGCAGGGGUGUUUUUGUGUGUGAGAGUUGGGGAGGGUAAGCAGGUGGUGCGCGGUCAAGUGAAACAGCCUACAGGUUGCCGGAGGUUCGCCACCUAAUCCCAUACCUCUCGCCUGCCAUUCCUAACGGUUCCUAACAGCCGUUGAAGCGCGAAAGCGAGCGAAAGAGAGCGCAGCAGAGAGAAGCCCACGAAGGUCGGACCAGCGGGCAGGGUUGCUGCGCCGUUAGUGAAUUCGUCGCGCGGAAAACCGCUUCUAGCAGUCGAAAACGACGCGUGGAAACGACCCCCGGUUAUUCGUGACAGCGUCCACGUACGCAGUGAGCCCGCGACUGUGCAGUAAUUGGCUGAUCGAUCCGUGUGCGUACCUUGAUCUGAUCCGAGAUACAGUGCGCGCGCGGCAAAAAGCGCGUAUUUUUGCGUUUGUUUCAUUUGCUCUCCAGCUAGUGGUUGUUCACUGUCUGUAGGCUGUCAAACUGCUGGAGAUAAAAAGAAAUACAUACACACACCCACCUUCCCGCGACCGCAUCCAAUCAUCCCCUGGAGACAAUUCGUGCCGACGGCCGCCGUUACACCGACGCCUUGUGUAGCAACGUUCCAUGUGGGCAAAGUAUAGUUUCUGGCCAUUUUCGAUCGCUGUUAGCUGUACUACCUACUAGCUCACCCUUAACAACAAAAAACAGUUUUAGUUCAACAUAAAAAGGGACCAAAACUGUGGCCCACUGCACAGAAGCAGUAGCAAUAACUUGCCAGCCUAAACUUACAACUCCUAUCGACUGGAGCCGUGUGUGUUUUCCUGGGUGUUUUUGUUGGAAAAUUAUUCUUCAAUUAUUUCCUUCCCACCUGUUUCGGUUUGCUCUUUUCGGUUCUGGACUUUUCAGUAAAAACAAAAUUUACAUCCCAAGCUCCUUUCUCUAUCCCAUUUUGUCCUUUACCAAUAAAAAAGGGGUUUGUAACCGGGGUGUUGUCGCCCGCCCCCGAGUGUAAAGUGCCACAGUAAAGAACCUACCUUCCUUCAGUCAUCCCUUCCCUCUGGUUUGGUUACGACUACCACCACCAACACGAUGCCGUUGUUCAAUAAGAAAAGCACCAAAAUAUCCAAUCCUUCGCCACCGAUGACCAAGGAUCCGCAUGCGUACCACGAUAACAACAACUACAAAAACCCUCCGAUCCCAACAGCGCCCACGAUCCACCACGACAGCAUGAGCAACGGUGGCCAUGGCGAAUCGACCGUCACCAAGCCGCAGCUGGUGUUCAAUUGCCAGCUGGCACACGGCAGUCCGACUGGCUUCAUCACCGGGUUUGCCAGUGUCAAGGAGCUGUACCAGAAGAUCGCCGAAUGCUACGAUUUCCCCAUGGAUGAGAUUCUGUUCUGCACGCUAAACUCGCACAAAGUCGAUAUGAGCAAUCUGCUGGGCGGUCAGAUCGGGCUGAACGAUUUCAUUUUCGCACAUAAAAAGGGUCGUCCGAAGGAGGUGGAAAUCGUCAAGUCGGAGGACGCCCUCGGACUUACCAUUACGGACAACGGUGCUGGUUACGCGUUCAUCAAGCGCAUCAAAAGUGGCAGUGUCAUCGAUCGCAUUCCUCACAUACAGAUUGGUGAUCACAUCGAGAAGUUAGACGGUAUCAAUGUGGUUGGCAAGCGACAUUACGAGGUGGCCCGAAUGCUGAAGGACAUUCCCACCGGAUCGACGUUUACCAUUCGUCUGGUGGAACCGAUGAAGAGCGGAUUCCAGGGAAUAGCGCCGCGCAAAGGUACGGCCGGCAGCAAACCGGGCAAACAGGGAUACGGCAGUGGAAAGGAGACGCUGCGGUUUAAGGCCAAUGGAAACGCAGCCAUUGAGGAUGAGCACGACGAUGCUACGCAAAGUGGAAUUGAUGCCAUUAACUCACUGCUCGACUCCUUCAUGGGAAUCAACGAUAGUGAGCUAGCCACACAAAUCUGGGAACUAGGUAACAACAAAAUUAACUCGAUGGACUUUGCGGAAGCGAUCGAUGCGUCCGAUCUGGAGGCUUUUGGUUUUACUGACGAUUUCAUCAUCGAGCUGUGGGGCGCUAUCACGGAUGCACGCCACGGACGAUACAAAAGAUAAGGCAGGAUGACGAUGAUGAUGAUGAUGAUGAUGGAGGGGUUCCAUUGCAGCCAAUAAGGAGAGCCUGAAUUUGAGAUGAAAAAAAAGGAGCAUUUACGAUGAAACGAAGGCAGCAGCAAUCGAUUGACGAGGCGCUCAUGAAAUGUGAUGUGUUUUAAACUACUACUACUAUUAUUACUACUGCAACUAUUGCUGCUACUACUACUACUACUACAGCUAGUAAACUGUUUGGAGUGAUUUUGAAAUCAUCGUUCGAACCGUCUCCAAAUGGUAUUAAUAGAUAGGCGACGUAUAGAAGAUGUGAUUGAGACAAAUGUGUAAGCGAUGCGAGUGUAAAGCGCUUCUUCAACGCGCCAGUUGUGGCCGGUGAAGCAAGUUAAACACGCAUUCCCGCAAUACAUUCCACUAUUUAGGGACCAUUGUAGGUAGAUGGAUAAGACUCAAAAUUACAAAACCCCAUAUUACCAAUACCCUUCCCAUCCAAAACAUCCGCGUCUAUGUGUAGAUGACGCCUAAUAUAAAGGAUGUGGGUUUAACGAAGUUAGUGUUUUAAAAAAUUGUAAAAUGUUGUAAAAAAUGUGUUUGUUAGAAAUGGCAACGAAAUGUUGGGGGGAAACCGAUCCGAGAUCAACGCUGGUGGUGAUGAUGUUUUGUUUUUGUUUGUUUACAUUAAUGGUAACAUGUGGAACUAGUACGGGGCAACAGGUAAACGAACGAAGAUCAUCUCACUUAGUUAGCACGUGAGGGAAGAUCAAUUAUUUUAGCAAAGCGAGAUCGUAUCAAAUCGUGAAGUAUGCAAAUAAAUAUUUAAUCAUAAGGUGAGCUAAUAA